AUGAUACAGCAUCCAGACGCGUUCAUGGAUGGCAACAAGGGCACCGCUUCACCACCUCUCGACUUGGUGUGUGUCGGUUUUGACCUCACUGGCAUCGCAAACGCUGUCGCAUUGGACGAAAGACAUGCACUCAGCAAGGAUACCUUGUUCCUGGAAUCUCAAUUGGAAGCAUUCUGGACGCCACUCCGGUGCACACCUGCCUCCAGACUUAGGAUCUCAUUUCUCCACGACCUGAUCACCUCAGAGAAUCCGCGUUCUCGAUUCACCUUUCUCAACUACCUCCAUGCAACUAAUAGGCUCGUCUUAUAUGCGAACAGCGCUCAGCUGCGCCCGACUAGGCAGAUGUUCAGCGACUACUUAAGAUGGUGUGCUACCCGCCUUCACACCCAAGUCCAGUACGGCAAGAUGGCCACCAGUGUGCAACCAUUGAAAGACGGCAGGGGAAGCGUCGCUGCGUGGGAGGUGGUCUUUAUGGAUGCUGUGACAGGAGAACAAAAAGCCGUCACAGCCAGGCAGGUCGUCUAUGCUGCAUCGCAGCAUCCCUAUGUCCCAGAAGUACUCCGCACUCCUGCCCUUCGAAAUCUCGUCCUGCACUCUUCAGAGUAUCCGGAAGCCAUCUCAACACUUCUACGCGACAAACCGAGAGCGCGUAUCGCAGUUCUAGGAAAUGGCCAAAGCGCAGCAGAGGCAUUUGAUCAGCUUCAUGGGAUCCGUGGAGAACACGAAGUCAUUUGGUUCACCAAAGACGCCGUCCUUCGGGGAGAUGACGAGACGCCAUUCCUAUUGCAAAGUAUCAUGCAUCCGCAUUCAGCAAAACAACAGAAUAUGCCACCCGAGAUCAGGAGAAGAGAAGUCAAUGGAGCCUCGCCCUUGACCUCUAGUCCGCCAAUUGAACCUCGCCUCUUGAGACAGAUAUAUGACACCCAGUACGACUUCAGUGUUAAAGAGCCGGACUGCAACAAGUGGAGAUUCCAAAUCAGACUCCAGCAUGAGGUCAUAAAUGCAGAGAAAACUGUUGACGGACGCGUGCGACUUUUCGUGCAAAGUCUCGAGAAUCCAAACGAGUCAGCAACAUUCGACGCCGUCAUUUCCGCGACCGGCUUCGAACAAAACGCCCACCAUAGAACCCUCCAACCUUUAAAAGCGCUGCUCGAUGGUCCUAGUGUCACAGUUGAUCGCGAUUACCACAUCAACUUUAGAAAGGGCGUCCUCGCGCCAGGGUGCGGGAUAUGGCUUCAAGGAUCUCUUGCCGAUGAUGGAGACCAGAAUGACGACAGCCUGCUCCAGAUUCUUGCAGAGAGAAGUAGACGUCUGGCAGAGUCGGUACUGCGUCGGAGGACCGAGCAGACCACGGAGGAGGAGGAGGAGGGGAGGUCGGCAAGGCUGUAA